GCUAACAGGAAAGAUGGCGGUGGAAGGAGUGUGUGUCAAGGGCCGAUCAAGUAAUGGGUCCAGAUUUAAUAGACGGACUGUAUGUGGGGCUAAUAACAAAGCGCCAAGGUCCGAAGGCAGUUUUCUCUUCUUUCUCUGCGUGGUUUUAGGAACACUGAAUGUUGCAUUGGCCGAUGGGAAGACUCUAGUUCUGUUGGACAACCUGAACAUCAGAGACACCCAUUCAAUUUUCUUCCGCAGUUUAACCGAUCGAGGAUUCGACUUAACAUUCAAGACCGCCGACGAUCCCAGUCUCUCCCUAAUAAAAUAUGGGCAGUUCCUCUAUGACCAUCUCAUCAUUUUCUCCCCCUCUGUGGAAGACUUUGGGGGUAACAUCAAUGUGGAGACCAUCACCUCCUUCAUUGAUGGUGGAGGAAACGUCCUCGUUGCCGCCAGUUCAGAUAUCGGUGACCCCCUGAGAGAGCUGGGCAGUGAGUGCGGCAUUGAGUUUGAUGAGGAGAAGACUGCCGUCAUUGACCAUCACAACUAUGACAUUUCGGACCCAGGCGAGCACACUCUAAUUGUUGCGGACCCAGAGAACCUGCUGAAAGCUCCUACCAUUGUUGGAAAGCCCACAGGGAAGCCCAUCCUCUUCAAGGGUGUAGGUAUGGUGGCAGACCCUGAUAACCCCCUGGUCCUGGACAUCCUGACCGGUUCCUCCACCUCCUACUCCUUCUUUCCUGACCGGGCCAUCACUCAGUACCCCCACGCAGUGGGGAAGAACACCCUGCUGAUCGCGGGGCUCCAGGCCAGGAACAACGCGCGCGUCGUCUUCAGUGGCUCCCUGCACUUCUUCAGCGACGCCUUCUUUAACUCCCCCGUCCAGAAGGCCACGCCCGGCUCCCAGAGACACUCACAGACUGGCAACAUGGAGCUGGCCGAGGCCCUGUCCCGCUGGGUGUUCAAGGAGGAGGGCGUCCUGCGAGUGGGGGCUGUCACCCAUCACCCUGUUGGGGAGACCACGCCCCCAGCCGCCUACACCAUCACCGACCUCGUGGAGUACAGCAUCGUGAUUGAGAAGCUGUCAGAGGGCCGCUGGGUUCCCUUCGAUGGAGAUGACAUACAGCUGGAGUUUGUCAGGAUUGACCCCUUCGUCCGGACUUACCUGAAGAAGAACGGUGGAAAGUACAGUGUCCAGUUCAAGCUGCCUGAUGUGUAUGGAGUGUUCCAGUUCAAGGUGGAUUACAACCGGCUAGGCUACACACAUCUCUACUCUUCUACUCAGGUGUCAGUGCGCCCCCUGCAGCACACGCAGUACGAGCGCUUCAUCCCCUCAGCGUACCCCUACUACGCCAGCGUCUUCUCCAUGAUGGCCGGGCUCUUCAUCUUCAGCAUCGUCUUCCUCCACAUGAAGGAGAAGGAGAAGUCCGAGUAAGGGCCGGGAGACGGGGAUGAUGAGCGGAAGGCGAAACGGAGGGAAGGAGAGGAGCGUGCGGAGCAGCAGGAGGGGAGGACGUGGGCUGGGGGGGAGAGCGAUGGACAGAAGGAGAGAACUGUAGCGAAUCGGCUGACAGCUUGAGGGAGCAGAACAGGAAUGAAAAAAACAAAGAUCACUUGUCCUUUUGUACAUGUGGCUGUUUUUUUUUUGUUUGUUUUUUUUGUGGGGUGGAGGACGAUCCAGGAGGGUUAUUUAAGUCACUGUCUUCUCAUUCUUUUUAAAUUUGAUGAUCAAGUUGAAUCCAGGGCUGAAGAAAAUGGGGAGGAAAAUGCACUGUUUUAUUUUUGUAGCGUCUGAAGAUUGCUGUGGUGAUCCAUUGCACAAGAUCAGGGUGUAGCAUGUUUGCUAUCAUGUUGGUAUGUAUUUUUUCUAUGUAAUGGCCCUCGUUCAUUUUUUUUUUUUACUCAUACAAAU